AUGUCUUUUUUCAAUACAUUAAGACAGAAGGCUUCUUUCAUUGAUAAAAUAACAGAAAGUUUCGGUAGUACAAUUAGCAGGGAUGAAAAAUUCAAAUUAGCUUAUAAGCUACCGCCAAAUGAAAAUAUUCAAGAUGAUAUUAAUGCAGAUGUCUCCUUUGUUAGCAUUUAUGAUACGAAUGAAAGUAAUAAGCAUUCUGUAAUAGAUUUAAAACACAAUCCCCGAGAAAAGGUAGCAUAUGUAUUCUCUGGUAGAAUCUAUUUAACCCCACAUUAUCUUGUCUUUAAGGAUACAAUAGAUGGGAAAUCUUGCGAGAUGAUUCUUAAUAUCUCCACAGUCAAGAAAAUGGAAAGAUCACCAUCGCCUACUUAUGCUUUUGCAUUAGUGAUCACUUUAUAUUCAGGAAGUCAAGUUAUUAUCCAAUUUAUCGGACUUCAGUAUAGAUCGGAACAAUUCUGCGAGCAAUUGAAGAAGAAUUUAAAGGAUAAUAUUCCAAAGGCAAGACUAUUAUCUGAAUUCUUAGAUACAUGUUACUCAGAAUUCAUUAUAAAUAAGAACGUAUUGAGAACUCCAAAUGUACAUCCACCUAAAGCUGGUCUGGGGCAAACAUUUAAAUAUCCAGGCACAGUCGAUUUAAUAAAAGAAAAAAGAAAAUUGAAAAUGUGGUUUGAUUAUUUUAAAUUAAAUGGUCAAAAUAUAGCUAUAGUGAAGAAUCCAAAUUUUCAAAAAUUAGUCAGAAUUGGAUUACCAAAUAGAAUGAGAGGUGAAAUAUGGGAUCUUUGUUCUGGAGCUAUGUAUUUAUGUUAUGCUAAUGAUGGUAUUUAUAAUAAAAUAUUAAAGGAUAAUCAGGGUAAAACUUCUCAAGCUAUUGAGGAGAUUGAAAAGGACUUAAAAAGGUCUCUUCCAGAAUAUUUGGGUUAUCAAACAGAAGAAGGUAUUCGGAGGUUAAGAAAUGUCUUAACUGCCUAUUCUUGGAAGAAUCCAGAUGUUGGUUAUUGUCAAGCUAUGAAUAUAGUCUGUGCUGCACUAUUAAUUUACCUCACAGAAGAACAGGCGUUUUGGUGUCUUUGCAAUAUAUGUGAUAUUUAUGUACCUGGUUAUUAUUCAAAGACUAUGUAUGGUACACUGCUGGAUCAAAGAGUUUUUGAAUCAUUUGUUGAGGAAAAACUACCAGUCCUCUGGGAAUAUAUUGUUGCUCAUAACAUCCAAUUAUCUAUAGUGUCUUUACCUUGGUUUUUAUCUUUAUUUUAUACGUCAAUGCCAUUAGAAUAUGCCAUAAGAAUCAUGGAUAUGUUUUUCAUGGAAGGUGCAAAAACUAUUUUUCAAGUUGCAUUGGCUGUUUUGAAGAUUAAUGCAGAGGAUAUUUUACAAGCAGAUGAUGAUAGCAUGUUCAUUGUCAUCAUUAAGAACUAUUUCAGAACAUUAGGUGAAAGUAUUCAUCCAAAUUCGCCAAAUAUUAGAUAUAGACAAAUUACAAAAUUCCAGCAAUUAUUAGUAACAUCAUUUAAGGAAUUUAGUGUUAUCACGGACGAAAUGAUUGCACAAGAAAGGAAUAGAUAUAAAAAGGAGAUCUUCCAAAACAUUGAAACGUAUGUGAAGAAAACACAAUUGCGUCAUUUACCAAGAGUAUUCCAUCUAACAGAUGAGAAUUUAUCUAAUGUUUACGAUAUUUAUUAUCAAAGUAUUGAGACACAUAAGAUCAGUAUGGGUAUAGGCUCAUCAAACAUGACUUUUGAUGUCUUUGUUCAGUUUAUGGCUAAGCUCUGUGAAUGGGCAAAGCCAAUAAAUGUAGAGACUAACCCUGCAUUCAAUAAACAAAGAACGACUUUCUUAAAAAUUUUAUUUCAAAAAUGGGGUACAUCUAAUUUAAACGAAUUGACUUUAAAUGAUGUGGUAGUCGGUUUGGAUAGAUUAAUGACUAGAGAUCUUUUAGAAUCUAUUAAUUAUUUUUUUUCUUUAUACGAUAAAGACAAUGAUGGAGAAUUACAAAGAGAGGAGGUUCUUCAAUUGUCUGAAGGGCUACUACUUUUAACAGAACCGUGGAAAAGUGGGAGAUUAGUUGAUAUGUUAACAAAGAGAGCUAUAGAAGAUAAUAUUGCUGAAAGAAUUGCUCAAGAGAAACUUAAAGACAUUCAAGAUGAUAAGCAAAUAGAAUUACCAACAACAUAUGAAGUUGAUGAACUAAAAUAUAAAACAGAACAGUCAGAGCGUUAUUUGCAGGCUGCUAGUAGUUUCUUACAAAGAUCUUUUGAAUAUGCAAAGACAGUGGACCUGUCCAAUAAGAUUGAUCUGAUAGAUUUAUCAGAUAAUGAUGAAGAUUCUGAUAAAAAAUCUAAAGAUAAAGGGAAAAUAUAUGAAAGUUUAAAGGCGAAUGUAGCGCUUGAUCCAACGCAUCCGAAAGUUUUAGAUUUAGCAAGCUUUAGAAUGAUAAUAUUAGCAGAUGAAACAUAUGAAUUGUUCUUUGCUAAGACAUUACGAUCAUCUAUUUACGUUAAUAAAGAUUAUAGUGCUGAUGUUAGUAACAACAGUAGAGGAAAUGCUCUGCGGUGUAUGCUUGAUGGAAUAGUUGCUGAUGGUAGGAGAGUUGCUCAACAGGUACGUCUUCGUGUAGAUUCUGUGACAUCAAGAGGUGGGUCAGCAGCAGCAUCAAGUGUGGAUCAUUCCAUGCAAAGUUCGACAGAGGUAGCAAAUUCAUCCUAUGAUGAUAUAGAUGAUUUUACUAAUGAUGGAAAUGAGGCUACUCAUACACACAUAAUGGAUGUAAUGAGUGACGAUGAAGAAAAGGGUGCUCUUCUAAAGAAUUCUUGGUUGGAUGAAGAAAUAAGCAAUGAAACACCGAACUCUGAGUUGACAGAUGGACCAAAGAAAAGACCGGUGAGUGUGAUUGUUCCAGAUGGGCAAGUACAUUUGAUUGACUUUGAAGAGUAA